AUGGGGCGUGGACGAGCAGGGAAAAGUUCCUGCGGAUUUCGAAGGCGGGACGGGGAGGGGAGCCGGGGGCCCAGCCCUGCAGGAAAGCGGGUUCCAGUCCUGGCCGAGAGUGCGGGCACCAAGCGGACAGACCUGGACCCCCCGACCCCCAACCGCUGCCGGGCCAUGGUGGUGAGCUGCCUCAGCACCGCUGUUCUGUCUGGCCACUACGUGGGCUUCUCCAUGGUGUCUCUGCUCCUGGAGUUGAACUCUGCCUGCUUGCACCUGCGGAAGCUGCUGUUGCUCUCUCGCCGGGCCCCGUCCCUGGCCUUUAGCGUGACCAGCUGGGCCUCCUUGGCCACCCUGGCCCUCUUCCGCCUGGUCCCGCUGGGGUGGAUGAGUCUGUGGCUAUUCCGGCAGCGCCACCAGGUUCCUCUUGCUCUGGUCACCCUGGGUGGAAUUGGGCUGGUCACUGUGGGCGUCAUGAGCAUCAUAUUAGGGAUCCGCAUUCUGGUCAAUGAUGUCCUGCAGUCUCGAACCCAUCCACCCAGCCCUGGGCACGAGAAAACCAGGGGGACCAGGACACAUCAUAACGAUGGACCUGUCACCAGGGACAAUUCCACUCACAGCCUGAAAGACUAG